CAUCCUGGGGCUUAGCCCACAUGCCUCAGAGUGGGCUGCAGGUGUUCUGUAUGGCAUGGAGAAGAUGUGCAUUGCCUAGAGUUCUUAGUGGGGAGCCUCAAGUGGGGGAUAGAUUGUCUUACGAGGAGUGAAAUUCAUCAUGUACCCAGCCAACAGGCACAGCACGGGCUGCAGCAUUAUUGAUGCAAUACAGAUGCCUAUACAGAUAGAUUGGAUAGAAGCUAAACUGCCCUGCUAAUCAGCUUGACCUCUAAAGACCACCUCAGGGGGGCUCUUGAGGCACAUCUGGGGUUUUUGGUUCACAUGGCAGCAGCAAACUCGACUCCACCUGGUUCUUUGGAUUUAAACCAGCCUGGAUUUUCAAAGGAGAUACUGGGGACUAAAUUGGAGGGCAAAUAUCUCUGCUCCGAGUGCAAGAAUAUUCUGAGGAGGCCAUUUCAAGCUCAGUGUGGACACCGCUAUUGUUCUUACUGCCUGAAGAAACUUAUAAGCUCUGGGCCUCAGAAGUGUGCAGCCUGUAUUCAGGAAGGAAUAUAUGAAGAAGGAGUUUCUAUUUUAGAAACAAAUUCGGCUUUCCCAGAUAACGCAGCUCGUCGGGAGGUGGAAAGUCUGCCGGCUGUCUGUAUUAAUGAUGGCUGCCCAUGGAAAGGGACUAUUAAAGAAUAUGAGAGCAGCCAUGCAGGGGACUGCCCGUUCAUGCUGAUUGAGUGCCUGGCAUGUAAGGGAAAGAUCAAACUGAAUGAAAAGGAGCGCCAUUCGGAGCGGGAAUGCCCCGAGAGAAGCCUCAACUGCAAAUACUGCAAAUCGCUUUUCUACUUUCCAGACAUUAAGGCUCACGAUGAGAUCUGCCCUAAAUUUCCACUGAGUUGUGAGGGCUGUGGGAAAAAGAAGAUUCCAAGAGAGAAGUUUCAGGACCAUGUGAAGACUUGUGGCAAAUGUAAAGUGCCUUGCAGAUUUCAGGUUGUCGGCUGCACUGAGAUGGUGGAAAAUGAAAAGCUGCUGGAGCACGAAAGCAAAUGUGUGGGGGAGCAUCUGUAUAUGUUGCUGGGCUUUGUGCUCAGCCUCAAGGCUGAGUCUGGAGACUUAAAGCACCACCCAACCCUUGGGUCAAUGCAGGACAACUCCAUGCUCUUAACAACCAAUUCGCUGUGCUCUGAAUCAGAGCUCUCUGAGUCCUUGGAGCUGCAGGGGAGGUGCGAGGCCCUGGAGAGGAAGACGAUCACAUUUGAAAAUAUUGUGUGUGUGCUGAAUCGGGAAGUGGAAAGGGUGUCUCUGACAGUGGAGGCGUAUAGCCGGCAACAUCAGCUGGAUCAGGAGAAAAUUGAAAUGCUCAGUAACAAGGUCCGGCAACUGGAAAGGAGCACUGGACUGAAAGAUCUAGCCAUGGCUGACAUGGAGCAAAAGAUCCGUGACAUGGAAGCUUCCACCUAUGAUGGCAUUUUCAUCUGGAAGAUUACAGACUUUGCCAGAAAACGUCAGGAGGCGAUAGCCGGCCGUUGUCCUGCCAUCUUCUCUCCAGCCUUCUACACAAGCAAAUAUGGCUAUAGGAUGUGCCUGCGUGUGUACCUAAACGGGGACGGCACUGGACGUGGGACCCACUUGUCUCUGUUUUUUGUGGUGAUGAAAGGACCCAAUGAUGCGCUUCUGCGAUGGCCCUUCAAUCAGAAGGUGACCCUGAUGCUGCUGGAUCAGAAUAACCGGGAGCACAUUAUCGACGCUUUCCGACCUGAUGUGAUGUCAUCAUCCUUCCAGCGACCUGUCACCGAGAUGAAUGUUGCCAGUGGCUGCCCACUCUUCUGCCCAGUCUCCAAGAUGGAGGCCAAGAACUCUUACGUGCGUGACGACGCCAUCUUUAUUAAAGCCAUCGUAGAUCUCACAGGCCUCUAAAGCCUCCUCCCCACCAGGAGCAUUGAGCACAGAGUUAGCCGACCAGGGCUCGCCCUGUGCUGUACCCUCAGCAUGCUCCAGAGCAGGGGCAAAGUCCAGACCUGGCCCCGUCCCUGAAGGGACCUGCUCCGCUGAGUGGAAAUGCAGUGUCUGAUGGGAACCCUCCCUUGGUAUCAAAACACCAGCUGCUCUAGUGCAGAUCUUCCUUGAGAAGAGGCUUGUGUUGAAGUUAGUUUGAGUUUGAUCCAUGAUCAAUGGGGACUGGAUGAUCCCCUGCAGGAAUCAGCUACCAGGGCUCCCUGCACCCGGGUUUCAAGCUAAAACGAAGGCAGCUCUUAUGUACUUGUUUAAUGCACAACUCCUACAAUGGAACAGGCAUUCAGCUUGCCCAGAGCACCACUGCACAUCUCCCUUUGGCCAGGCCCUUUCAUUCUCCUAGGAGAGCUCCGUGUUAGAGGGAGCUGGUUUCUCUCUGGUGUUUUUGCUUAAAGGUUCUGUAAUUCUGUGUUGCUGGUUGGUUUGAUCUUUGACAUGAGGGUAUGAGGGAAGAUGUGGACUAGGAGCAGACAGAGGAGGUAUGUGGGCUUAGCACGGCAGAGACAGUUUAGCACAGUCUCACUGGCCUUUCUUUGGCAGACACAGCUGCAGAGGCACUUUGAGUGGGGCCAUAUGUCAGCAGGGCAAGAGGGAGCUGUUCCCAGUGUCCAUGUCAAAGACCCAAAGCCCUGCCUGGGUUUUAUCUGUAAGUGAUCUGAUGGGAGGGGAAGUGUAGAGUGAGGGAGGACAGCACCUGAGGAAUAUUUUCCUCCUUUCUUUCAGUGUAGGCGUCCUAUAGAACCUACUGCUCCGGUGCUCCAGGUGCCUUUGGCAUAGCUUGGGUUUUUAAUGACCAAACAGAUGAGUCUUGUAACUCUCUGGAGCGGGUCCUGACCUAGUCAGAAAGGUGCCUUGGAAUCUAAUUUGUUGCCUAUUAAUGGUUAACUCCGGGAGCUGGGCUUAGGGUAGGACAGCCUUGGUCCCCAGUGUGUGAGCUGGAUAUCACCCCAGGAAUGAGGGUUUAGCUGAGGGGGUAAGCUCAUUAGCUCCUUUCCCCACGGCUCUCAUCCUGGCUCUUAGCGCAUCUCUUCAUUUGCCUUUGCAGGCAGGCCCCUUCUGGUGUUCCCUCGCCUGGAGUUGUUGGUCCCCCACUGAGUAUCCUCCCCCAGGCGGCAGCAAAUCUUGAAUGUGAACUCUUGGGCUCUUCACUCUGUCAAGGGGGGUUAGUUGUUUACAACGCUGGAGGUCUAACAGCCUCACCAGCACUGCAGCCCUGAUUGCUGCCUGUAGCUUUUCAGUAGCACAGACUGGUGGCUUCCUUCGCAGUCAUGCUCUCUAGAGCAGCCUGGCCAGCUCAGUGUGCUCUCUCCAGCCAGCCAGUCUGCAGCUGCUUGGUUAGAAACUGUCUUAGGGCUUUCCCUGUGUAGUCUUCCCUCCCUGAGUUCCUUGCACUGUGGCCCGUUGUUUUUCUAUUUCGUGGAGAAUGGGUCCCCCUCAGUGUGUUGCCAUUGUGGCUAAUUGGCCCCUCAGAGUUAUUCUGUGGUGGUCACCUCUAACUCCAGAGUGGCCAUUAGCCACUUUGGAGCCUUAUUUGUGGUUUUCUGUCUCCUCUCCCCAUGGGUCCUGUUCUCUCCCAUCCCUACAAACCUUCAGGUUCUCUUUGGCCAAAGCACCCAGCUAGCUGCUUUUUGAACCAUCCUUCAGGUGUUGUCCCAGUCCUGUCCAACUCUUCCCCUGCUCUUCUGGCCUGGAGGACAGGCAAAGAGGCCGGCCCUGCUGCCCAUGUCAGAGGUGCUCCCGGUGGUUGGCUGGAGCCCCCAGAGAGCAACAGCUCCACUUCCAGUUAGCAUCAGUAAUCCGCUGCCUGUGUGCAGGGGAAGGAAUUCUCUGUGGAACGAUCACCAGUUAGCAAAUGCAGGGGAAUCCAGGGUUGUGAAAUUGUGGCCCUCUCCGUGGAGGAAGGCCAUAGCCCCACUGUUGUGUCCUCUAAAGAGAGAAAUUGUGUUCCCCCCACCUGGUCUGCAGAGCUGAGGCACUUCUGCCUUCACGCUGUCCUAGCUCGGAUCAGUGACAGGCUGUCUCAUUGUAGGCCACCACUCAAGUGUAGGCAGCGGCCUGCUUCAGUCCACUUGGCUCCAUGCUCCUCCCAGCCCUUCCUCAGCUGGGGUCAGAAAUCAGUCAGUGGAGAUGAGUUUUGAUUCCAGGCUAGGGUGAUGGGAAGCUUCUGCUAGGACUAAAGGGGUGCGUACUGGCUAGUGCCCACAGAGAAGUAAGCCAGCAGGGGUCUCCAGCACUGCACUGCUCCCCAGCUGAGAAGCCACUAUUAUUGAGCCGUUAUUUACACGUGUCUCGUUUCUGGGCCAGGAGCAGUGGCUGGUUCUCUAGGGAUGGAGAGCAGGGAAAGGAUUAUCUAUGUGCAGAACUCCCCAUCCAAAGAGGUGCCAAUUCCAUGAUCUCCAGCUGCCAAUAAACAGAUGUAAAACAGCCGCUCCAUGGGAGCCAAAGGGAAUUAAAUCAGCUUAGUUUAAAGACCAACAUCUAGAUACUGAAGCAGGCUGGGGUUUGAGUGCCUGCACCUCCCCAGGCUUCCAGUCUGUACAGUACUCCACAGCAAGCUGUCUGAGUCUCUCUGCUCUCCCCGCCCUGCAUUGACUCCAGCCAUUGUUCCCUGCCCUGAGGCAGUGCUGCUGCAUGCCCAGUGGCAACGGGCCUGGGGCUGUUCAGUUUCAGAACACUAUGUGCAGAUGGGGCCCAACCCUUCAGGAACUAGCUGUUUCUCCAACCUGUUCCCCUUGAUGCCAGGAGCCUGUUUUCUGUUAUGUGCACUCUCCAACUCCCCCUUGCAGUGACUCUCCUUUGGGCACUUGCUAAGAGUGGUUUCCCUACUUGAGGAGGCUGGAGACUACACAUUCCUGUAGACUGAGCAGCUGAUUGGCUGUUUGCAAGGGCCAGCCUGACUCUUUGUACUACUGUCCUCCAGCCCUGGGAGGGUCCACUGACAAGGUCAUGGCAGAGUUAAACUGCUGAAGCAGAAGGCAGGGGGAGGUGAGCUCUCCCCUGGUUUGGGAAGCAUUAGCUUUGUUUUCAGUGGCCGGGGCUUGCUUUUUGAGAAACAUCAGUGUCACUGCUGGGCUUGUCCCUCGACAGCAAGCUCCAGGGAUUUAGAGUACAGCUGCCUUUGGGGGGUUGAGCAGUAAGGGGACAAGUGGAGAUUUCUGGGAAAGGGGUCCUGGGCCCCAGGUCCCAUCAAAGCCCUAAAGCCCUAACAGGGACCCUGAGGUUUGAAAGGCGUCUCUGGCACAUACUGUAUAUUGGCAUCUGCUGUGGGUUCAGUCCAAGAUUCAGUCUGGUGGCUGGAGUGGAACCCAAAGCCAACUCCAUAUAGUGCUUGUGGCAGGAGAGACCAAGGUGCUGUGCUGGAGCUGUCUGGCUCUCCCUCCCUGUGGAGAGGUGUUGGGAUGAGUUUUUAGCCAAGGUUCAAAGCCUACUCAGGAUGGCUGUGACUGUGGCUGCAGGAGCAGCCCUGUUCCACAUCGUGCUGAGGACUUCACAGCUGAGGACUUCACAGACAUGUGAUGGGCCCCUCCCCCAGGAGCUGCUAUCCUAAACAGUGGGGGGAGAGAACUCCAAAUCUGGAGCAGCAUCCAGAUUCCCCCGCUGUUCUGUGCUGUGGCAGUAGUGGGCUGCUAUGCAGCAAGAUGGCCUCUGGCUGCUGCUGUGCUUGUUAGACCACAUUUUGUGCAAAGUGUGGCUCUAGCAAGCGAUUGCGCCAUGCUGCACUGGCAUGGAUGCUGUUAGUGGAGGCCCCGUUGAUCUCUGUAUGACACACAAAGUCUUGGGGGAUGCUUGUGCUGUCACUGCUGCACUUUCCCUAAUAGUAUAAAUUCACCCAACAGCCUGCACUGGCUUCCUGCUAGAGCCCCAGUGUUCCCAUGCUGGAGAGGGCCCCCUGGUUCCAUCCAGGCUGUAAUAUUGACCAGAGGAGCCCAGCUCUGGCACAGAAGGAACCACCUGUUAUAUCCAUCUCAUGGAAGAGGGUCCUAUCUGCAUGAGCAAGCCUGUUCCAGCUGAGGGCACAGCUGGGCUGCUGCCCGUUUAAGCACAGCAGAGUGGAGGGGGAGAGAAGGGGUCCUAGUUACUGAGGAAGUCACUUGAAAGAUUUCCUGCUUUUCAUGUUGCUCUCCAGAGGAGUCCCACCCUAUCGCUUACCAGCUGUGCUAAGGUUGAUGGCUUUUCCCUGCAGGACCGCCCCCCCCGCCAAAUUAUUUCCUUUCAGCUUACUGCCUCCCUUCAAUUACCUUCAGUGGAAUUGAUCGGCUUCCCCUGCUGGUGGCUAUGAUACAUUCAGCUCAGCAGGGUCUGUGUCCACAAAAUUCCAGAGUGCUUGAGAGGCUAAAUGCCACCUAUGCCAUGCAGCACCCACUUUGUGAAAAGGUGGGGGCUGCAAAGCCCGUGGAGGCGUGGCUGUUCCUUCCCCGGUGCUGCUGUUCAGCGGAUGUAAAGUGCUCAUGGACGAGGCAGGUGGAAGGUAACUGAGGCUUGUGCACCAGCGCCUCCCGUGGUGCUGUUUUGUGCAUGGAUGCACUGAGAACUACCAGCUUAAAAUGUGCUGUAUGUGUAUUUCACCGAGCCAACUGUGCAUACCUGCUUCUUAGCUGGGAGACAGACCAGAGAUGGCCUGUGAUCCUAGCCUCAGACAACCUUCCCCUCUGAGUCCAGUCAGUAAUGGGAUAGCUGUAUCACAGCUACAGCUGUCUGUUUCCCACCACCGCCUUGAAAGACACUAGCAAAUCUGCCUGGGCAGUAUCAUAUCAGCAUUUACAGGAUUAUAGAAUAUCAGGGUUGGAAGGGACCUUGGGAGGUCUUCUAGUCCAACCCCCUGCUCAAAGCUGGACCAAUCCCCAACUAAAUCAUCCCAGCCAGAGCUUUGACAAGCCUGACCUUAAAAACUUCUAAGGAAGGAGAUUCCACCACCUCCCUAGGUAACGCAUUCCAGUGUUUCACUACUCUCCUAGUGAAAAAGUUUUUCCUAAUAUCCAACCUAAACCUCCCCCACUGCAACUUGAGACCGUUACUCCUUGUUCUGUCAUCUGCUACCACUGAGAACAGUCUAGAUCCAUCCUCUUUGGAACCCCCUUUCAGGUAGUUGAAAGCAGCUAUCAAAUCCCCCCCCGCCCCCAUUCGUCUCUUCUGCAGACUAAUCAAUCCCAGUUCCCUCAGCCUCUCCUCAGAAGUCAUGUGUUCCAGUCCCCUAAUCAUUUUUGUUGCCCUCCACUGGACGUUUUCCAAUUUUUCCACAUCCUUCUUGUGGUGUGGGGCCCAAAACUGGACACAGUACUCCAGAUGAGGCCUCACCAAUGUCGAAUAGAGGGGAACGAUCACGUCACUCAGUCAGCUGGCAAUGCCCAUACUUAUACAGCCCAAAAUGACAUUGGCCUUUUUGGCAACAAGGGCACACUGUUGAUUCAUAUCCACCUUCUCGUCCACUGUAACCCCAGGUCCUUUUCUGCAGAACUGCUGCCUAGCCAUUCGGACCCUAAUCUGUAGCAGUGCAUGGGAUUCUUCCAUCCUAAGUGCAGGACUCUGCACUUGUCCUUGUUGAACCUCCUCAGAUUUCUUUUGGCCCAGUCCUCUAAUUUGUCUAGGUCCCUCUGUAUCCUAUCCCUACCCUCCAGCGUAUCUACCUCUCCUUCCAGUUUAGUGUCAUCUGCAAACUUCCUGAGGGUGCAAUUCACACCAUCCUCCAGAUCAUUUAUGAAGCUAUUGAACAAAACCAGCCCAAGGACCGACCCUUGGGCCACUCCACUUGAUACUGGCUGCCAACUAGACAUGGAGCAGUUGAUCACUACCCAUUGAGCCCGACAAUCUAGCCAACUUUCCCUAUCCAUCUUAUAGUCCAUUCAUCCAACCCAUACUUCUUAAACUUGCUGGUAAGAAUACUGUGGGAGACCAUGUCAAAAGCUUUGCUAAAGUCAAGGAACAAUAUGUUCACUGCUUUCCCCUCAUCCACAGAGCCAGUUCUCAUCAUAGAAGGCAAUUAAAUUAGUCAGGCAUGACUUGCCCUUGGUGAAUCCAUGCUGACUAUUCCUGAUCACUUUCCUCUAAGUGCUUCAGAACUGAUUCCUUGAGGACCUGCUCCAUGAUUUUUCCAGGGACUAGGUGAGGCUGACUGGCCUGUAGUUCCCAGGAUCCUCCUUCUCCCCUUUUUUAAAGAUGGGCACUAAAGUAGCCUUUUUCCAGUCAUCCGAGAGCUCCCCUGAUUUUCAAAGAUAAUGGCCAAUGGCUCUGCAAUCACAUCCGCCAACUCCUUUAGCACUCUCAGAUGCAGCGCAUCCAGUCCCAUGGACUUGUGCUCAUCCAGCUUUUCUAAAUAGUCCCGAACCAUUUCUUUCUCCAUAGAGGGCUGGUCACCUCCUCCCCAUGCUGUGCUGCCCAGUGCAGUGGUCUGGGAGCUGAGCUUGUUUGUGAAGACAGAGGCAAAAAAAGCAUUGAGUACAUUAGCUUUUUCCACAUCCUCUGUCACUAGGUUGCCUCCCUCAUUCAGUAAGGGACCCACACUUUCCUUGACUUUCUUCUUGUUGCUAACAUACCUGAAGAAACCCUUCUUGUUACUCUUAUCUCUUGCUAGCUGCAACUCCAGGUGUGAUUUGGCGUUCCUGAUUUCACUCCUGCAUGCCCGAGCAAUAUUUUUAUACUCUUCCCUGGUCAUUUGUCCAAUCUUCCACUUCUUGUAAGCUUUUUUGUGUUUAAGAUCAGCAAGGAUUUCACUGUUAAGCCAAGCUGGUCGCCUGCCAUAUUUGCUAUUCUUUCUACACAUCGGGAUGGUUUGUCCCUGUAACCUCAAUAAGUAUUCUUUAAAAUACAGCCUGCUCUCCUGGACUCCUUUCCUCCUCAUGUUAUUCUCCCAGGGGAUCCUGCCCAUCAGUUCCCUGAGAUUGUCAAAGUCUGCUUUUGUGAAGUCCAGGGUCUGUAUUCUGCUGCUCUGUGUCAGGAUCCUGAACUCUACCAUCUCAUGGUCACUGCCUCCCAGGUUCCCAUCCACUUUUGCUUCCCCUACUAAUUCUUCCUGGUUUGUGAGCAGCAGGUCACGAAGAGUUCUGCCCCUAGUUGGUUCCUCCAGCACUUGCACCAGGAAAUUGUCCCCUACACUUUCCAAAAACUUCCUGGAUUUUCUGUGCACCACUGUAUUGCUCUCCGAGUAGAUAUCAGGGUGAUUGAAGUCUCCCAGGAGAACCAGGGCCUGCGAUGUAGUAACUUCCGUGAGUUGCCAGAAGAAAGCCUCGUCCAUCUCAUCCCCCUGAUCCGGUGGUCUAUAGUAGACUCCCACCACGACAUCAUCCUUGUUGCUCACGCUUCUAAACUUAAUCCAGGAGUCUUUUGCUAAGCCAUGCGGGGAGGAUUCUUGUAAAAUUCAAGCCUCUUUACUCACAAUCCUGUGAGGGAAAGAAACCUUAGGCUAGUACACUAGUCAUGGGGGAGAGAAAUCAGUGCUGAGGGCUUGUUAUGGUAGGUUUGCUCAGGAGCAAAACUCAAAAGCAAACAAAUCAUGCCCACAGUUAAUCAAACAGAAGUGCAGUAGGCCGGUUUCUGCGUGAGGGGCUCAGGUGUCAGGCCAUCUGCAAGCAGUUAGUGUGUGGCUCAGGGUAAGAGGAGGUGGCCUUAUGAUGAAGGGACAAGUUUGGUGAGAGGGGCUGUAUAAGUUUUGGUCCUCCUGUUUAGCUGCAUUAGCACUACGUAGACAGAGCGGGUGCUCUCUGACUAGAGAUGCUAACACAGCUCUUUACAGCUCGCCCCAAGGAUUGGCACACUGCUUUCCAACAGACAACAGCAGUGUGAACAGCUAGCAGGAAUGAGGCCUGGCAUGAAGGUUGCCCCCACACUUCCAUUUUUUACACGAUUUAUACAGAAGUGGCUUCAUUAUCAUAGCAUUUCCUCACCCCCAAAGGGAGCUAAAUCAAAGAUGGUGUUUUACUUCUGCAGAGUGUCUCCUUUGAGGCAUGACCAUGUUUAGAACUCAGGGUGUGGGUGUUUGGCACUUGUGGAAAUGCCUGUAGUUUGAUGUAGCUGAUGAGUCUUCCAGGGGCCUGAUCUGGUUGGUGAUUGCUGUGUGCUAGCUUAGCCAUAACAAUAUUUCCUCCAUUAGCAGCUUUGCAACACCUUCCCUAGAACAAGCACUAGGCUUGAACCUUUCAUGGAUGUGUCCAAACAGCACAGGCUCUAAAUGUGAAAUGAAGUGUCCUCUGUGCUGUUGUAUGAGUGAGACCAUUAAUAAAGUAUUGUAUC